AAAAAUGAAAACCAUUAUACUCAAUCUGCUCUAAAAAGAACACGAAGCUAAUAGAGUCUGAUUCUCAACAACGCAAAACAAACCAACAUCUCUCUCUCUCUGUCUCCCUUACAAAUAAUCACUUCAUCACAUCUUACCUUGAAUCGAACAACGCAUCAUAUUCUUCGUUUUGUCCAUAACUCGUACUGAAAAGAAGGCGAAAACACUUUCCCGUUUUCCUGGUCUGUCUGUCUGUUUUUUGAGGAGGGGAUGGCCGAUGCGGUGGUGAAACAGAGGAAGAUACUGGUGGCCGUGGACGAGAGCGAGGAGAGCAUGUAUGCCUUGUCGUGGUGUCUCAAGAACGUCGUUUCUGAGAACUACAAAGACACCGUCGUCCUCCUCUAUGCAAAGCCCAUUCGUUCCGCCUACGCAACCCUCGACGGCACAGGGUACUUCUUUUCUUCGGAAGUAGUGGCCACCAUGGAGAGGUACAACAAGGAAAUGGCCGGCAGCGUUAUGGCGAAGGCAAAGAAGGUCUGCAAUGAUUUUGGUGAGGUCGAGGUGGAGACGAGGGUUGAGAACGGGGAUGCAAGAGACGUGAUCUGCCGCGUGACACAGGAGUUGGGGCCUGAUGUUCUGGUGAUGGGAAGCCAUGGUUACGGCCUUAUCAAGAGGGCCUUUCUGGGGAGCGUGAGCUAUCACUGCUCUCAGAAUGUCAAGUGUCCCGUGCUGGUAGUGAAGAGGCCCAAAUCCAGCGGGAACGACUAAAAUCAACACCUGCAAAGUUGGUGGCGCUCGUGUUGUGUCCUAGUCCUCCAAUGUUGUCUUCGGGUGCUUUUGUAAAGUUUCAUCGUACACAUACUAAUUACAUUGCCCACGUGCGGUCUUGUGUCCACCGAGGCUGCGAGUAUAUACGCAUAUUCUUCAUGAGUUUUUGACUUUGUAAAUGGAUUGGUUUUUCUUAGUAUAAUUUGAUCAUCGAGAUGGAUAUGGUGCUCGACCUAAUCAUUACGCAGCGCGUGUUCAAAGCUAAAUUUCUCGGUAAAAGAGGGGAAUAUUUGAAAA